CUCUCCAUUGAUCUUCCCAUAUUUGGGCUUUAUAUAUAGCUAUCGCACUCCAAAAUCGAAAAUACUUAAAUCAGCUGCAUAAUUUAGCUUUUGAACUCGACCAGAAACACUAAUGGCUACCCCCGCCGCCGUACAAGAGGUUCUUCCUCCAUCGCUGGAUUCUACCUCUGAACCGCCACCUCUUUUUGACGGAACCACUCGGUUGUAUACCAAUUACCAGUGCCCAUAUGCUCAGCGUGUAUGGAUUGUCAGGAACUAUAAGGGUUUACACGACGAGAUAAAAUUGGUUGGAAUUGACCUUCAAAAUAGGCCUGCUUGGUACAAGGAGAAAGUUUAUCCUGAAAAUAAGGUGCCAGCGUUGGAGCACAACGGAAAAAUUAUCGGAGAGAGUCUUGAUUUGGUCAAGUACAUAGAUGCCAACUUUAAAGGACCAGCUCUCUUACCUGAUGAUCCGGCCAAGAAGAAGUUUAUAGAAGAGUUGGUAACCUACUCCGAUACAUUCUUGAAAAAUGUUUUCACAUCAUUCAAAGCAGAGGAUCCUUUAAAACAAGCUGGUUCUGAAUUUGAUUACGUGGAAACUGCACUGCAGAAGUUUGAAGACGGACCUUUCUUCACUGGCCAGUUCAGUCAAGGAGAUGUUGUGUAUGCUCCUUUUAUCGAGAGGUUUCAUAUCCUUUUCCAAGAAUUCUUUAAAUAUGAUAUCACAUCAGGCAGACCAGCAUUAGCCAAAUGGAUCGAGGAGAUAAACAAGAUUGAUGCUUACAAGCCAACAAAGUGCGUUCCUGAAGUGCUUGUUCAGUUCUACAAAACCCGUUACAUGGCCUGAGGUUACAAGUACAGGGUGAUAAACAUUGCUGGUAUAUGUAAUAAGUUGGUUUUUCAAUGUUUAUUUCAAGACUGUUGUCACUCUACUGAGUUAUUAUAGUGUAAUGUGUGACUUGUAUUUUAUAAAACUCCAUAUGAAAUAAUUAAUAUUCAGUAUGCAACAAUAAUUAAUAAUUAAUAAUUAAUAAGUUUGUGUA